AGUCAACUGCGGCUCAGGCUCCCACUCAACCUCCUUCUGCUCCAGCGCCUCAGCCCUCUCAAACUGAGUCUUGACAUGCCACUCCAUCUCCUCCUGCGUCCUGCUGCCCUCCAACUCCGGCCCGUCAUUCACCUCCCCAUCCCACUGCUGAUACCGCAUAUCAACCUCGCUCGGCAACUGCCUCACAACAAACACCUGACCAUCCCUCUCCACCUUCGCGGCCCCGAGCAUCUCAUUCGUAGCCGUGUUGGUCGUCCUGAACUUCUCGGGCUCCUGCUUGAGGAUCUCCUUCGCCUUGGCCGCCCACUCCUUGUACCCGGGGGGGACAACCGACUCGACGUGCGCAAGACGCUGCUUGGUCACAGCCUCGACGGACUGCCUGUAAACGGAGUGCUCGGGCACGGCCUUGAGCUUCUCGAGGGUGGCGUUGUAGAGGUAGAGGAGCAUGGAGCGCGGGGCGUUGUGUGUCGGGAGGCCAGUGAUACCGGUGGGCUGGCCGGGCUCGAGGUACCGCGCCGUCGGGCGGACGGACGCGAGGAGGCGGAAAGUCGCGCGCAUUGUUGCGGGUGGUUUGUGUGUUGGCGACUUUGAGGAGGAGGUGGAAUUGUAGCCGCAACAGCGGGAAUUGGAUAGCUCUCUCUCUCUCGACGUCAGCAGCCUUCCCUGCUAGCUAAAACCCAAUUGCCAAUUGCCAUUGCUUGCUUGCCAAUUGGCGGCUGGAGGUGGGGCACUUUGGGCCUUAGCCGUCACGUGAUACCCUUGACUUACACCUCCCUUUCUGGCAAGAUCGUCAUCAUUUUUGGAUGGGGAUAAAGAGCGAACUGUGAAAACAAGCUGAUCCCCAAAAUAUCAUGUCUCCGUUCCCAUGAUUUUUGACAUUGACCAGGCCUCAGAGUUGUGAUGUAACCUCUACCGUUUACCUCCAACCGUUGACAUAAAGCGGGGCCGACCGCUCAACCUCACUCUUCACCUUCUCACCUCACCACACGCUCUCUCUCCCAUCCCUUUAGGUCUGUCUCUUCAAGGACCAACAUGGUAUCCAAGAUGACCAACCUACUGUUAACCCUCCACCUCAACCUCCUCACCCUCCUCUCCAACCUCUUCUCCCACCUGACCUCCCUCUUCUUCUCCCUCCUCUCCCUCACUCACGCCCUCCUUAUCGUUUUGGGCUUCACCCGUCCUAAUCAAUGGGAGCCCCCCACAUUCCUCGACUCCCUCCUCUAUUCCCCCCUCUUACACCUCACCACCAACCUCUACCAAACCCUCCUCUUCCUCCGCGGCCACCCUUUCCAUCCACCCCCUCACCACUCCCGCAUACGAGUAGUCUGUCUCUCCGACACCCACUCCCUCCGCCCCCCCUCCAUCCCCAGAGGCGAUCUCCUCAUCCACGCAGGGGACCUUUCUGCAACCGGAACAUUCGACGACCUCCAAGACCAAAUAAGCUGGCUUUCUUCCCUUCCGUUCAGACACAAGGUUGUUGUCGGCGGUAAUCACGAUUGUUUCCUAGACAGGGCAAGCUCCAUUCAUCGGACCAGAGGGCAAAAGGAAAAGAGGAAACUGGAUUGGAAAGGCGUGGUGUGGUUGCAGGAUGAGUUGACAACCCUAGAAUUUGAGGACAGGGAGGUGGGGGGGAAGAGGAAAUUGAACAUCUUUGGGAGCGGUUGGGUCAGGAGGUGCGGGGGUGAUGAUUUUGCGUUUCAAUAUGAUGACGAGAGGCCGCCUUGGGAAGGGAGAAUCCCGGUUGAGACGGAUGUUUUGGUUACGCAUUGUCCUCCGAAAGGCCACCGCGACUUGCUGCUUGGUUGUCCUUCGUUGCUGGCCGAGCUGUGGAAGGUGAAACCGAAGCUUCACGUGUUUGGGCAUGUUCAUCACGGGGAGGGGGUGGAGAGUGUGUUCUUUGAUGAGUGCCAGGCGGCGUAUGAGGGUCUUGUUUUGAGGACGGCGGCGGUGGAAAUGAGCAUGCUGAAGAGAUGGUUCGAUUUUCAGGGGCUGAAAUAUGCGUUGAGUGUGUUGAGGUAUGGGCUGCAGAGUGUGCUGUGGAAGUGGAUCAUGGCUGGGCCGGGGAGUAAUAAUGGGGGAGUGUUGGUUAAUGCUGGGGUGAUGAAGGGGAAUACGGGCAGAUUGAGGAAAGGAAGGGGGACGGUGAAGGUGGUCGAUUUGUGAUUGGUGGUGGAAAAUAGAAGUGGUGAUUGGAUUUUAGGAUGGUGUUUCGGGAAUGGACUCAUUGUCUGAGUUUUUCUUUUCUUGAUCAUUGCGAAGUGAGAUGAAUAAAUGAAUAGAGUGUAAUAUCAUUGUUGUGUUUUCGG